CGGGGCGCGGCGCCGGGGGCGGGCGGGGGCGGGGGCGGGGGGAGCGCGCCAGCCGCCGGGAGCGGGGGGCGAUGGCGAAGCUCCGGGUGACUUACGAGUACACGGAAGCCGAGGACAAGAGCAUCCGGCUCGGCUUGUUCCUCAUCAUCUCCGGCAUCGUGUCGCUCUUCAUCUUCGGCUUCUGCUGGCUCAGUCCCGCGCUGCAGGAUCUGCAAGCCACGGCGGCCAACUGCACGGUGCUGUCGGUGCAGCAGAUCGCAGAGGUGUUCGAGUGCACCUUCACCUGUGGCGCCGACUGCCGCGGCACCGCGCAGUACCCCUGCGUCCAGGUCUACGUCAACAACUCCGAGUCCAACUCCAGGGCGCUGCUGCACAGCGACGAGCACCAGCUGCUCACCAACCCCAAGUGUUCCUAUAUUCCUCCCUGUAAGAGAGAAAAUCAGAAGAAUUUGGAAAGUGUCAUGAGUUGGCAACAGUACUGGAAAGAUGAGAUUGGUUCUCAGCCAUUUACUUGCUAUUUUAAUCAAUAUCAAAGGCCGGACGACGUGCUCCUGCAUCGCACGCAUGAUGAGAUCGUCCUCCUGCACUGCUUCCUCUGGCCAGUGGUGACAUUUGUGGUGGGUGUUCUCAUUGUGGUCUUAACCAUCUGUGCCAAGAGCCUGGCAGUCAAGGCGGAAGCCCUGAAGAAGCGCAAGUUCUCUUAAAGGGGAGCAGACUCCUGGAAAGCAAAGCACAGAAGCCGCCCCAAUGGGCACGUCGACCUGCAGAGGCUGUUUCUCAGCGCAGGAGAUGGAAGGGGCUCACAGGGUCUCGCAGUGGCGCCCUGCUCCUCCGUGACGGCAGAAACAGGCACAGUAGAAGACUCAGAGCCUUCUAGAUUAUUCCUGGUGUCGUAGCAAUGGCUGUAGAGGCAAGCUCUUAGCUGUUUGGAAUAACUUUCAGCAAAUCCUGUAAGAAAUUUUUCUUUGAAAAUUAAUAAUAUAUAAUUGUACAGUGUAGUAUACAAACUAUUAUGAUUUAUGCUAUUUAAAAUGAUUAAAUAGAGUGAUCUGUGUUCUUUUCUA